UCAGAGGCCCUCGGGUCCGCGGCUCUCUCCGUAUGUCCCGGGAUUAUUCCGCUGCUUCAGCCGCGACUUCAGCAGCCAAACCCUCAUGACGCGUGCUUCUUCUUCGUGAGUUUUCCGCCAUGAGCUGCCUGGAUGUGAUGUACCAAGUGUUUGGUCCUCAGCCUUAUUUCAGCUCCUACAGCCCAUACCAUCACCAGAAACUGGCUUUGUAUUCCAAAAUGCAAGAGGCGCACCCGGAGAGCAGCGGCCGCGUGCUGGGCUCCAGUGGCCCCCCCAACAUCAAAGAGGAGGACAAGGAGCUGCCCCCUGGAGCCGAGUACCUGAGCGCCCGCUGUGUCCUCUUCACAUACUUCCAGGGAGACAUCAGUGCCGUGGUGGACGAGCAUUUCAGCCGCGCUCUGAGUCAGACCAGCUACAGCUCCUCUCACAAGGGCAGAGACGGCACAUUUCCCAUGAGCCAGAGGAGUUUCCCGCCCUCGUUCUGGAACAGCUCAUACCAGCCCUCUGUGUCCUCGGCCCUGGGCAGUGCGCUCUCUGCGUCCCACACGGAGCUGUCCUUUCCUGGGGACCCCUACACCUCUGCCUCCCUGCACUCCCACCUGCACCAGCCCAGCCCGGACGCCUGGCACUCCUCCCACCAUCACCACCAUCACCACCACCCCUACUCUCUGGGCGGCGCUAUAGCCUCACAGAGCUCAGCGUACUCUCGGCCAGGGGUGCACGAGAUGUACGGGACGCCGUUUGACCCUCGCUAUGGCUCUCUGCUCAUGCCUUCUGUGCGCUCACACCAUCGCCUGGCCUCCAGCAGCUCUGUGCCGGGCCCCAGCGCGUCGCCGUGUGACCUGGGGGGUAAGGGUGAGUCUGGGGCCGGAGCAGCCUGGAGCGGGGCCUUCACUGGAGCGGGGGACAUAGGACUCAACAUGGACACAGGUCUUCAGGCGCAGGAUAAGACCAAGGAUUUGUACUGGUUUUGA